AUAACAACAUACCCAGUAAAAUCUCACAAAGUGAAGUAUGGAGAGGAUGGUUUUUACUGCCCUGUUGGACCUAAAAUAAGUGUUGUUUGACCGAAAUAGAAAUUGUUCCAAAAUAAGUGUUUUUAAUAACAAAAUGAAAUGUUUAAAGAAAAGAAGAAAUCAGAACGUGGUCGUUUUGAUGGCAGAAUAUUCCCGUGUUGUUUACGAAAUGGCAAAGAGUCAAAGAACCGCCUCUCUUUCCUUUUGCAUUUGCAUGCUUUAUAUAUAUAUAUAUAAUAAUAUAAUAUAUAUAUAUAUUUGCAUUGAGCACCCAAUUGCCAAACACUACUAGCAGAGUAUUUUAAUUAUAGCAACAGACCACUUGUAUUUCUGAUACCUCCAUACCCUUUUUGUUUUUACAUUAAGGAAAAAAAAAAAAAAAAAAAGCUGCAUGUGAAGCUGUAAUAUUGUGACCAAUAUUUUCUCGCGGCUCAAGGUUUUGUGUCUAGAAUAAAGGGUGCCUUUUUUUUUUCUUUCCUUUUUGAGUAUAAAAGCAUACUGUUAGCUCCUGAUAUCCUGGAAAGCUGCUGAAAACAAAAUCUUUGGUUUCUUCUGCGGUUCGUUGUCUUCUUUAAACUCUUAAAGGUUGAGACGUCGACAAAAGCAUGGCCAAGCAUCACCCUGACUUGAUCAUGUGCAGGAAACAGCCAGGAAUAGCUAUUGGACGCCUUUGUGAGAAAUGUGAUGGUAAGUGUGUUAUCUGUGAUUCUCUUGUGCGUCCUUGCACGCUGGUGCGAGUUUGUGACGAGUGCAACUAUGGUUCCUUUCAGGGCCAUUGCGUGAUCUGUGGAGGUGUGGGUAUUUCUGAUGCUUACUAUUGCAAAGAGUGUACUCAGCUGGAGAAAGACAGGGACGGAUGUCCUAAGAUUGUCAAUCUUGGUAGUGCAAAGACUGAUCUGUUCUAUGAACGUAAAAAAUAUGGUUUCAAAAAACGAUAGUAUGGGUUUUUUUGGUUUGUCUAAUGGCAUUGUUUACUCGAAGUGUCCCUACGGAUAGGAUGGUGUUACAAUCUAAAGUCAAUUUUACCAGAUGGGAGAUUAUGUACUUGUAUUUUAUGUGCCAACAUCUUGUUUAGGCUUAAAAGUAAAUGUUGAAUAUAUAAAUUUCUGUUGUUUGGAUAGAGUUAUGCGGUACUUGUGUUAGUGGAACGUAGCAAGUAUCUCAUGGAAUUAGUUGAGGUGCGUACAAGUUGGGUCAAACAUCAUGGUAUCGAAAAAAAUGUAUGUUGUUUGGGUGUUUGGUGAUGGUUAGCUACUUAUUAAUGUCUCUUUAGCAAGAUGAGUACAUGCUGCUAUUUAUUUUUC